AGGCCAUGCAGGAACUCCGUCUCGGCCCCUGCGUCACGGGGCUGCAGCCCACGGGGACGGAGGGGUUUGGCCAUCGAGGGAAGGGGCGUAGCAGAAAGCAAUUUUGGGCCAGAGAAGUGAUUUCAGCACUUCCAGUUGGGAGCUUCGGGCCGGACGUGGAGGGGCUGCUCCCCAGGACAGCGAGGAAGGGGAGACGGAGCCAUCCCCCGGCGUGGGUGAGAGGAAGAUGAAGGUCCUGCUGAUGGUGGCAGUGCUGUUUGCCUGCAGUGUGUCCAUAGCUCAUGGGAAGCUCCCGCACACGUUUGCACCGGGACUCGAGGGGAGCACCGUAGGAAAUGUGACCCAUGGCUGCUCCUCGGGAUGGGGCACGUCGAGGGCUUCAAUGGACCGGUGCUGCCGGCUCCGGGCCUGCUGCUACGCCAGGCUGGCGGCACGGCGCUGCCCCGUGGGACCCGCGCAGCCCUUCCCUGUGCCCCGGGCAGCAGUGCCCCGCUGCAGCUCCGGGACCCGGUGCCAAAGGGGCGCCUGCCGGUGCGAGCGGGCAGCCCUGCUCUGCCGCAUGCACAGCCGGGGGCAGCUCCGGCGCCGCAGCAAGUGCCGGGGCCGAGGCGGGCGGUGCUGAAGCCAAAGGGCUCCUUGCGUUGAGCCGCAUCCGGGCUGGUGAGCGAAGGGACGGGGCCAGCAGCGAACCCCAGCCCUGCCGGGUCUCCUCCGUGGGGCUUUCUGGCUUCGACACGAGGACAGCCGCCCCCUGGUGCGGUUGUGCCGGUGCGCACCGGGUCCGAAGAGGGAGAGCAGCUCAGGUGCGAGGUCUCGGCACAGAGAAACACGGCAGCGGUGGGCACCCGCUCCUCGUCGCUGCGAAGGGCGAGAUGGAGCCAGCGCGCGUUCCCCCUUGGCUCCUGUGCAGCCCCUCCGCUCCCUCUGCUUUUCGCUUCGCUGCACGUUCCCUUCUGCUGCUCCCAAAUAAAACCAGAGAGCGCAAAA